AUGGCGAAACUCAAGGCACAUGAAGAACUCUCCACUAAUGCGAAUACUAUCAAAGCUCGCAACUGCGUCUCCAACCUUACUGAAGAUGAGAAGGCUGUUCACUUAGCACUCAAGGCUGACCAUGCUGAUCUGAGCUACUACUUAAAGAAGUUAUAUAAGUCUGCAAAGUACAAGACACGUCUACAGAAUGAAUUGAAGGUUGAGCGUAUUUGUGUUCGGACUGAGAAGGGUACCCAUGCAUCUUGCAUUGCGAAUCAGAAAGUCAAGAAUAUUAGCGCCUCUUCUUCUCCACAAGCCCCACCAUCUACUCCGCCCAAACAACUACUGUCUGAGCUUGCUGCAUUUGAGGCGCGAGAUAUUUUAAAUGACGAGGCUGUUCUACCAGAUGAGCUUUCCGAUGAAGAGAUCACUAGCACCCAGGCUCUCUUAACUCAAGCGCACAUUGAUGCCCAUGAAGAGUCCAAUUUCCGCAAGUGGCAACAUUUCUGGGAUAGCUGUAUCCACUCAUAUACGAGAAAGGCUGGAAAGCUGAGAAAGAAGCCUGAGCGUCUCUUUGAGUAUAUGCCGUGGAUUGAUGUAGAGGAAGGCUUCAAAGAGGCGUUCUUACUUGUCUACUCUAAGAAGUUUGAUAAGGAAAAGUGGGCUAAGGUAUCAGCUGCACAGGAUAUGUUGUUCCUGGAGCUAGAGUAG